AUCAAUACUUUUAGUGAUUGGAGCCUUUGGAAAAAAAAGCACGUGGUAGAGCUUUUGCAAAGCUUCUACUUAACCGGAAUGGCUGAUGCCUAUACUAGAAGUUUGGUGCUUUCCGCCUUUUUAGAAGCCUCCUCCAUGGAAUCUGUUGCUAUUGAAAUGGUUAAACUGUAUGGCUUCCUUCCUUGGUGCCUCUACAUAUUAUCAACAAUCUACAUAAAAAACCUUCAAAAUUCCACGUUAAAACAAUCAACCAAUAAAAUUGCACUGAAAUUUGUUAGUUCUUCGCGUUUGGAGAGGGAGAGCACAUGUUACGAGGAACACUGCAUUCAGCUUCUUUUUAAACUUUUAUCAAAUAUAACUGCGCCGUUUCAAAAAACUAAGGACCAAUCAAAGGAAGUUUUUUUACACCUUCCGCUUCUCUGCCGGGACUUGGUCCUUCCACUAAAAAGCGAGGAGACUCACGUGGGCGAUCUUAUACUGAGCUGUCUGGCCAAUGGCCUCUCUCGAUGGUUGUCACGUGUUGACUGUGUAGUCAUUCUUCAAUAUUAUUACUCUGGGCUUCAAACUUACGAGAGCGAAGAGGAACAAAAGUGGGUCCUGUGCUUUAAAAAAGUUUUCCCCCUCGCCAUUCGCCAACUUCAAGACAGUUUUAUAGCAAACUCAAGGGAAAAGAUUCGAAACCUUUUGUUAAUGGCGAUUCGUACUUGGUUAGAGCGACCGGAUGAGGAUCACUAUCUGGAAGCUUAUUGGGUGCUGUGGUGGCUUCUCCUCUUUAGAGGCUCAUCAGAAGAAGUCGCCUUGGUGCUGUUUGUUAUGCAGCAAACAAUAUUUUGUAAGAGUAAUUGCCUCUCGGAACCGGAAAAACAGUUAGGUCGAUUCUUAUUGGCUCUCUACACGGACAACGCGUCUUCUUCCGUUGAAGACGUGAGCAAUACGCUAAUUCUUUCUCUCUUACAAGCAAUAUUUCAUCUACAAAUGAACGAUAAUCACUUAGUUAAGCGACCCCAAAUUAUUACCAGACUUGCUGACUAUUUCAUUAAUAAUGAUGACUUUGUUCUGACUGGCCAUGAACGACUAACCAGUAGUCUUUCGAUUGUGUAUAUUAAAGAGUUCAUACUGGGCGAUACGAACUGUCCUCGUUUUGAGCAAACAAGAAGACUGUAUCAUGAAAUUGUAUAG